CAGCUAGGAAAGGCUAGGAAGAGUGGUUGGUAGCCUGGAAUCCCUUUAACAGAGCUAGCAGACGAGGCAUCUUAGGAAAGCUAAUGAACUAGAAAGAGUAGGGGAGACUGAGACUGACCGGUAGCCAGCUAGACAGACGGACGCAUGCCCGGACAGACAGACGGCUCUGGAGAACUGAUAGGUUCUUUUUGCCUUUCUUUUUGAAAAGCAGGAUUUUGAUUUUUUUUUCAGUGGCGCCCAAGAGAGAAUGCUGGACUCUGCUAUCUUCAGCUCAAGCUAAGAUUUCUCAGCUAGCGAAGAAAGAUCAGUCCAGUCCCGCGAGGGGGACGGAAGCAAAAGCCCCUGCCUCCAACCCCCCUUCCCUCCCCCGAACCAGACUCGGGGGGCCAAACCCAGACCUUCCCUAAACCAUCUGACUUCCUCCUUUCCUUUUUAGCAUGGUGGCUGUAUGGACAGUCUGACAGAACAGAGAUUGACAUCUCCCAAUCUGCCGGCCCCCCACCUGGAACACUACAGUGUUCUGCAUUGCACCAUGACCCUGGAUGUGCAAACUGUAGUCGUUUUUGCCGUGAUUGUAGUGCUCCUGCUUGUCAAUGUCAUACUCAUGUUUUUCUUGGGAACGCGCUGAAUGGAGUCCAGCCACCUGAGCUGUUGCGAACUCUCACUUUGAUUUCAUCCCAAGAGCCUCUGAGGGGGAAAAAUCGAGAGAGACAGUCUGAGACAGGGAAAGAGAGGGAGAGAAAGAACAAGCUUUCUUACUCAGGGGGGAAAACGUUUUUUUGAGCUUCAACAUGGCCUCGCUGUGAUAUGUAUGACGUUGUUUCUGAUUUGGAAAGCUGCCACCGCUAAAACAUUUGCUAAAGCACUGAUCACUGGAGAUUCCAUCGUUAGUGCUGAGGCAGUAUGGGAUCACGUCACCAUGGCCAACCGGGAGUUGGCAUUUAAAGCUGGCGACGUCAUCAAAGUCUUGGAUGCUUCCAACAAGGAUUGGUGGUGGGGCCAGAUCGACGAUGAGGAGGGAUGGUUUCCGGCCAGCUUUGUGAGGCUCUGGGUGAACCAGGAGGAUGGGGUGGAGGAAGGGCCCAGUGAUGUGCAGAAUGGGCACCUGGACCCCAAUUCAGACUGCCUUUGUCUGGGCCGGCCACUACAGAACCGCGACCAGAUGCGGGCCAAUGUCAUCAAUGAGAUCAUGAGCACCGAGCGUCAUUACAUCAAGCACCUCAAGGACAUUUGUGAGGGCUACCUGAAGCAGUGCCGAAAGAGAAGGGACAUGUUCAGUGAUGAGCAGCUGAAAGUCAUCUUUGGGAACAUUGAAGACAUCUACAGAUUUCAGAUGGGCUUUGUAAGAGACCUGGAGAAGCAGUACAACAAUGAUGACCCCCACCUCAGCGAGAUAGGACCUUGCUUCCUUGAGCACCAAGAUGGAUUCUGGAUAUACUCAGAAUAUUGUAACAACCACCUGGAUGCCUGCAUGGAGCUCUCCAAGCUCAUGAAAGACAGCCGCUAUCAACACUUUUUUGAGGCCUGCCGACUCUUGCAGCAGAUGAUUGACAUCGCUAUCGAUGGUUUUCUUUUGACUCCAGUACAGAAGAUCUGCAAAUAUCCCUUACAGUUAGCUGAGCUCCUUAAGUAUACUGCCCAAGACCACAGUGACUACAGAUAUGUUGCAGCUGCGUUGGCUGUCAUGCGCAAUGUGACUCAGCAGAUCAAUGAACGCAAGCGACGUCUGGAGAAUAUUGACAAGAUCGCGCAGUGGCAGGCCUCUGUCCUAGACUGGGAGGGAGAGGACAUCUUAGACAGGAGCUCGGAGCUGAUCUACACUGGAGAGAUGGCCUGGAUCUAUCAGCCCUAUGGCCGUAACCAGCAGAGAGUCUUCUUCCUAUUCGACCACCAGAUGGUCCUCUGUAAAAAGGACCUAAUCCGGAGAGACAUCCUAUAUUACAAAGGCCGCAUUGACAUGGAUAAAUAUGAGGUGAUUGACAUUGAAGAUGGCAGAGAUGAUGAUUUUAAUGUCAGCAUGAAAAAUGCUUUCAAGCUUCAUAACAAGGAAACAGAAGAAGUUCAUCUGUUCUUUGCCAAGAAACUGGAGGAGAAAAUACGUUGGCUCAGAGCUUUCAGAGAAGAGAGGAAAAUGGUACAGGAAGAUGAAAAAAUUGGCUUUGAGAUUUCUGAAAACCAGAAGAGGCAGGCUGCAAUGACUGUGAGAAAAGCUUCUAAACAGAAAGUAACCCAAAGAAAAUGGCACUAGUAGUCCCUGGUCCAGGUUAAGAAACUGAAAACAUUCCAGGUGUCAACUCUGCCCGCUCAGUUCCUCCUUCUUACCCACCACCACAGGACCCGUUAAACCAGGGUCAGUACCUGGUUCCCGAUGGCAUCGCACAGUCUCAAGUCUUUGAGUUUGCUGAACCGAAGCGCAGUCAGUCACCAUUCUGGCAAAACUUCAGUAGGUUAACCCCCUUCAAAAAAUAAUAGCUGUAGGAAGGCAGAUAAUUUUAAAAUAAAUAAAAUUAUAUUUAUAGAUG